CCUAGCACCCUUGUCCCCUUUUUUCAAAGAAAAAAAAAGAAGCCAUGUGGGAAGAGAGUACUUUGCUCGCUAGACGGCAUUCCUUCUUAAGCUAGACCGGUUAUAUCCGCCUUGUGAAAACUCAUACGACAGAGGUAGCCAGCUAUAAGCUCCUUGGUCAUUUGAGAGUAGUGGAAGCAUUACUCCAACCUUCUCCAACUCGGGAGCCGUAUACUUCGCAGUGUAUUUUCCCGACAGCGAUAACGGCCCCAAGUAAACUGCCAAGUAAAAUACCUAAGUGAUAGACACCCAUCCCCUCUCUUGUAAGACAUCAAGCCGCCCAGUCUAAAAAGACCAGGAAAGGCGUUGUGAAUAGCAAUUCCUCAAGAGAUACCUACCAUACUUCGUGCUUGUCUAGCGGAUCGUCGCUGAACUCAUCCACUUACAGCCCAAAUCUCCCGUCUCAAACUGUAACUUCCGCGCACUAAAGAUUACGGGACCUAUCGUUUAAAGCACCUUUCCGGAAGCACCCAUCCAUAAUGGCCGACGUAACCGCUCCCCCCCGCCCGCCGCGGAAAAAGUACGCCAUCGUAGGCACCGGCGGCCGGGCGAUAUUCUUCUACACGGCGAUCGCGCGGGACUACGCGCAGACGUCGCGCAUCGUGGGGAUCUGCGACACAAACCAGACGCGGAUGGACUUCGCGAACGCGCGGCUCGCGGCGCUGGGCCACGGCGCGGUGCCGUCGUUCCGGGCCGCCGACUUCGAGCGCAUGGUGCGGGAGACGCGGCCGGACGAGGUCGUCGUGACGACGAUCGACCGGACGCACGACGCGUACAUCGCGCGGGCGCUGGACCUGGGCUGCGACGUAGUCACGGAGAAGCCGAUGACGAUCGACGCGGCGCGGUGCCGCGCCAUCUUUGACGCCGUCGGGCGCAACCCGGGCCGCCGGGUGCGCGUGACAUUCAACUACCGGUACGCGCCGCACAACACCAAGGUGUACGAGCUGCUGCGGUCCGGGGCCGUCGGGGCCGUGACCAGCGUGCACUUCGAGUGGAUGCUCAACACGGCGCACGGCGCGGACUACUUCCGGCGGUGGCACCGGGACAAGCGCAACAGCGGGGGGCUGCUGGUGCACAAGAGCACGCACCACUUCGACCUGGUGAACUUCUGGCUGCGCACGCGGCCGCAGACCGUGUACGCCCAGGGCGACCUCAAGUUCUACGGGCGCGAGAACGCCGAGGCGCGGGGGGUCCCGCCCGCGGAUUUCUACGCGCGCGCGCGCGGGAGCGCCAGCGCGAGGCGGGACCCCUUUGCGCUGCACCUCGAAGAUCACCCCCAGCUCAAGGCCAUGUAUCUCGACGCCGAGCACGAGGACGCGUAUUACAGGGACCAGAGCGUGUUCAGCGAUGGCAUUAGCAUCGAGGACACGAUGAACCUGCUGGUGCGGUACCGCAACGGCGCUGUGAUGACGUACUCGCUGACGGCGUACGCGCCGUGGGAAGGGUUCCGGGUGAGUUUCAACGGGACGGGAGGGCGGCUGGAGAUGGAGGUUGUUGAGAACAGUUAUGUGAACUCGGGCGGCGAUCAGGCGGCGGAAGGGUCGCUAGAGAAGCGCACAAUUACUCUGCGCAAAUUAUUCGAGAAGCCACAAGAGAUUGAGAUCGAAGAUGGUGUUGGUGCUCACGGCGGUGGCGACACCGUGCUGCUUAACGAUCUAUUUGGCGAACCCACGACAGAUGAGUACAUGCGGGCCGCGAGUCACGUCGAUGGCGCCUUGUCCAUUUUAACUGGUAUCGCUGCCAACAGGUCCAUCGCUACAGGCCAGGUCGUCAACGUCGACGAUGUGCUAAAGAUACCGUGAAGGAACAGCUAUACCUGGGUAUCCAAUUAGUAGCAUACGUCCAUAUAAAUGUCUCAGGAUUUAUAGGUAACUCAUAGAAUGUGAUUAAUUAAAUGGUGACCAUGAAAAGAAAAUUGGUAAUGGUUUGGGGGCUAUUAGAAUACUGUUAAUUACGUACUUCGAAUGCUAAGAGACAUAUGUGCCCAAAGGUCCUUUACAUGGGUAUCAAAACCGGUACUCCCCUUGCGCCUGUUUUCCGCCGUCCUAGAAUGCAAGCGUGGUACAAAAGGAAAUGUUGUUAAAUAUUAGAUACCAGCAAACGUAGUCCCGAUGUAAUCCGCACCGCACACGGCCGCUUUUUCUUCUUCGUUUAGGCUAACGCCCCAUUGUCUCAGCUGCUCCAGGGUAGCGUUAGAU